CUAUUUAAGAUUUCCUGUUCAAUUUGUUUUUGAAUUCUUUUCUCUUGCCAUAGCAUUGCAGAGGAUUCGAGAAAUUUUUUUUUAUUGUCAUUAAUAUUUUCAUUUUAUAUUUUCACUUAUUUCAAUUAAUAUUGUAAUUUGAAAUCAAAAACACACAAAAAAAACAAAAAGAAAAAUAAUAUCCCAAACAAAAAAAAAGUUAAUUUUGUUUGUUAUUGAAUGUGAAAUUUUAUUGGCUGAUGUUCUUGCUGUUUUCAUUUCCGCAUUUGCUUUUUUCUCGAUAUUUCGAUAUACGACCAUUAUGGAAUUGCCGAAAAAACAUUCACAAUCAUCAAUGAAAUCGAAGACUUUUGAUUUUUUUCCCAGAAUACCCCGAAGGAUUGAUAACAUUGAUCAUUUUGAUGGCGAAAAUGAUCAUCAACAAAGAAACACACGCAGUAAUCAACAACAUGUCCGUAAAACUUCGCUAAACUUGCCUAAAAGUUUUGCGGAAUUUCGUGACACUGUACGAGCAGAGAAUAUUGCCUUAAAAUCUGAUCAUGAUCAUAAAACUUCCAAACGAUCGGUAGGUGGUUGGGCAUUGAAGCCUGAUCAAAUGAAAUUUUUAAAAGAUCAUACGUACGAAUACAAUGCUUCAGCCGGUAGCGUUCUAGAAAUAUGGAUAAUGCAACGAUUGUGGACCUAUUUAGCAACUUUUAUACCGAAAUAUGUUGCACCAUGUACCAUAACAGCCAUUGGUUUUUUCAUCAAUUUAAUCACAUGUACAUUGAUCAUUGCAUAUUCACCUGAUGCACGAUCUGAAGUUCCUGCAUGGACAUUAUUACUUUGCGCAUUAGGCGUUUGGCUUUAUCAAAUAGCGGACGCAUUGGAUGGUAAGCAAUGUUAUAAGGUGCAAAAUAGUCAAUUGGAAGAGUUCUAUGAUCAUGGCUGUGAUUCGGUAUCAACUAUUUUGUUAAUGUAUGCUACUGGGAUAGCCAUUCAAGCUGGUAAAUGGCCAACACUUUUUCUUUUGGUUUUAUUUAUUUCAUUAUUUGCUUUUUAUACGACACAUUGGCUAAGCUAUGUUACAAAUCAGAUGGUUUUCGGAAAGAUCGACGUUACCGAAGCUCAAUGGACUAUGAUAUUAACACACCUGGUAACGGCCAUAUAUGGUCAAUCUAUCUGGAACUAUCGUAUAUAUGUUGGAACUAUUGUUUCAAUUGAAUUACGUACAUUAUUAUCGAUAUUAACGUUGAUUACAUUAUUCAAUUCGAUCAUAUACCAGACAUCGAUAAUUUUAUUAGGACGACAGACACCGUUAGAAAAAGCUGGUGUCAAAAUCGAAAGAAAUAGAAAUUUCAAGCCACUCAAACCGGUAUUUGCACCAUUGUUUUUAUCGGUGUUGAUCUAUUAUUGUUACACUAAUGGAUAUUAUCACAUGAAUCCAACAAUGUUCAUAUUAUUUUGUGGACUAAUAUUUGCCAAAAUGACCAUGAAGCUAGUGAUUGCCCAUUGCACCAAUCAUGAAAUUGAAUUAUUCGAUCUCACAUUAGUGGCACCGAUUUUGUUGGCACUAAAUCAUUUCUUUUUUGUUUCGAAUAACAGUAAUCAUUAUCGUUUUGUAUUGGUUUCGCCUGAUCAAGCAUUACUUUGCGCAUUCAUUUGGAACACAAUCGAAUUAAUCAGAUAUUUUACCUUUGUUUCAUGGGAUAUUUGUAUCGCAUUGGAUGUGAAUAUAUUUUCGAUUAAAUAUCCACCUGGCCAUCCAAAAAGUCGUCUACAAACUGGUGGAUUUUACGUAAACGGAUUAAACAAUGAUGAAUUGCUUAAAAAUAUCAAAAAAUUUUAAUACAAAAUUUUUGAAAAACUACUCAUUUAUUUUUUUAAAAUAAUUUUAUUUUGCUCAAAGAACAAAUUCUGUAUAUUUUUAUAUCAAGACGAAUUAAAAAAUCUUAUUCAUUCCAUA